AUGGGCAUCAAGACAGCCUUGCCCGCGGCAGAGCUGGGCCUGUACUCCCUGGUGCUGAGCGGGGCCCUAGCCUAUGCUGGCCGGGGCCUCCUUGAGGCUUCACAAGGUGGGGCCCACAGGAAAGCCUUCCGGGAGUCUGUGCGACCCGGCUGGGAGUACAUUGGCCGGAAGAUGGACGUGGCUGACUUCGAGUGGGUGAUGUGGUUCACCUCCUUCCGCAACGCCAUCUUCUUCGCUCUCUCCGGACACGUGCUGUUUGCUAAACUCUGCACUAUGGUUGCCCCCCAGCUCCGCUCCUGGAUGUAUGCUGUGUACGGGGCCCUGGCGGUGGUGGGCACGAUGGGCCCUUGGUACCUGCUGCUGCUGCUUGGCCACUGCGUGGGCCUCUAUGUUGUCUCACUCUUGCACCAGCCCUGGCUCUGUCUCGGCCUCGGCCUGGCCAGCCUUGCCUCUUUCAAGCUGGACCCCCUCAUCUCCUGGCAGAGCGGGUUUGUAACAGGGACUUUUGAUCUUCAAGAGGUGCUGUUUCACGGGGGCAGCGGUUUCACGGUGCUGCGUUGUACCAGCUUUGCGCUGGAGAGCUGUGCCCACCCUGACCGCCGCUACUCCCUAGCUGACCUGCUCAAGUACAAUUUCUACCUGCCCUUCUUCUUCUUCGGGCCCAUUAUGACCUUUGACCGCUUCCACGCUCAGGUGAACCAGGUGGAGCCGGUGCGGCGAGAGGGCGAGCUGUGGCGCAUCCGGGCCCAGGCGGGCCUCAGCGUGGUAGCCAUCGUGGCCGUGGACAUCUUCUUCCACUUCUUCUACAUCCUCACCAUCCCCAGUGACCUCAAGUUCGCCAGCCGCCUCUCGGACAGCGCCCUCGCUGGCCUAGCCUACUCAAACCUGGUGUACGACUGGGUGAAGGCGGCCGUCCUCUUCGGCGUCGUCAACACCUUGGCGCGCCUCGACCACUUGGACCCGCCCCAGCCUCCCAAGUGCAUCACAGCGCUCUAUGUCUUCGCCGAGACGCACUUUGACCGUGGCAUCAACGACUGGCUUUGCAGGUACGUGUAUGACCACAUUGGUGGGGAGCACUCUGCGGUGAUCCCAGAGCUGGGGGCCACUGUGGCCACGUUUGCCGUCACCACUCUGUGGCUCGGACCUUGUGACACUGUCUACUUGUGGUCAGGCCUUAACUGCUUUGGCCUCAACUUUGAGCUCUGGGUACAGAAGCUGGCAGAGUGGGGGCCCCUGGCACGAAUUGAGGCCUCUCUGUCGGAGCAGAUGUCCCGCAGGGUCCGAGCCAUCUUUGGGGCCAUGAACUUCUGGGCCAUCAUCAUGUACAACCUUGUAAGCUUGAACAGCUUUGAGUUCACAAAGCUGGUCGCCCAGCGCCUGCUACUCACAGGGUUCCCCCAGACCACGCUGGCCGUCCUGUUUGUCACCUACUGUGGUGUCCAGCUGGUGAAGGAGCGAGAGCGAACCCUGACGCUGGAGGAGGAGCAGAGGCAGGACAAAGAGAAGGCCGAGUAG